AUGAAGUUCACUCCUUCCUUCGCCCUGGUGGCGCUUACUUCCCUGGCUGUUGCCGCCCCUCACGAUAUCGUCAACAAGAGAGCUGUUGCCUCUGGACCUGUUGGAUAUGCCUCUACCAACGGUGGUACUACUGGUGGUCAAGGUGGAGCUACCACUACUGUCUCUACCCUUGCCCAAUUCACCAAGGCUGCUACCGCAAAGGAGCCCACUGUUGUCUACAUCUCCGGCAAGAUCACUGGUAACGACAAGGUCAGAGUCUCCUCAGACACCUCCAUCAUUGGCCUGAACUCGGAGUCUGCUCUUGAGAACAUCGGUCUCUACGUCAACAAGGUUGAGAAUGUCGUCCUUCGUAACUUCAAGAGCAGCAAGGUUCUUGCCAAGAACGGCGAUGCCAUUGGUAUUCAGGCAUCCAAGAAUGUCUGGUGCGACCACCUCGAUCUCUCUUCCGAUCUUGAUCACGGCAAGGACUACUACGAUGGUCUUCUUGAUGUCACCCACGCUUCUGAAUGGGUCACUAUAUCCAACACUUUCUUCCACGACCACUACAAGUGCUCCCUCGUCGGUCACUCUGACAACAAUGGUGCAGAAGAUACUGGACAUCUCCACGUCACAUACGCCAACAACUACUUCUCGAACGUGUCUUCCCGUCUCCCUUCCAUCCGCUUCGGUACCGGUCACAUCUUCAACAACUACUACGAGAACGUCCUUUCUUCCGCUGUUGAUACUCGUGAUGGCGCUCAAACCCUGGUCGAGUCCAAUGUCUUCGUCAAGGCCAAGAAGCCCGUUGCCUCUCUCUACUCCGACGACCAAGGCUACGCUGUUGUCAAGGACAACGACUUUGGUGGUGAGAAGAACACUGCUCCCGCUGGUACCCUCACCAAGGUCCCUUACUCUUACACUGCUCUUGGUAGCUCUAGAGUCAAGGCUGCCGUCGUUGGCACCGCCGGUAACAACCUCAAGUUCUAA